GCUCUCGUAGCCGGAAGUGGCCCAAAGUGGCCGGGCGCGCGCCCGCAGGCCCAUGGGUUACCGGCGGUCUGGGGCGUGGCCGGCUACCACACCCGCCUUCCGCAGUUUUGCUUUGUGGCUGGGCGAUGGGGGGACUAGAGCUGCGGCCGCGGGGAUUGGAAAGGAAGCGUUGCCGCAGACAGACUGGAGGCCGAGCCCGCCUAACGCUACCGGCAGCGAGGGAGAGCUUGGUCACGUGCCGUGCAGCUCAUCUCGGACUUGUGAGACGCAGACCCGGAACGAACUGUCAGCUCUGCUAGACUUUUCUGAAGCCAGAAUGUGGUCUUAGCCCCGAAGAGUGUUUUUGAGUUCGCCAAGUGCUGCCUUUCUCCUUAUCCUUUUGACAUCCCUUCCCCAAGAGUCCCCCUGAGGAUCCAAGGAUUCUUCAGCUACAAUGUUGUCAAGACUUUUCCGAAUGCAUGGCCUCUUUGUGGCUUCCCAUCCCUGGGAAGUCAUAGUGGGGACAGUGACACUGACCAUCUGUAUGAUGUCCAUGAACAUGUUUACUGGUAACGAUAAGAUCUGUGGUUGGAAUUAUGAAUGUCCAAAGUUUGAAGAGGAUGUCUUGAGCAGUGACAUCAUAAUUCUGACAAUAACACGAUGCAUAGCAAUCCUGUAUAUUUACUUCCAGUUCCAGAAUUUACGCCAACUUGGAUCAAAAUAUAUUUUGGGUAUUGCUGGACUCUUCACAAUUUUCUCAAGUUUUGUAUUCAGUACAGUUGUCAUUCAUUUCUUAGAUAAAGAAUUGACAGGCUUGAAUGAAGCUUUGCCCUUUUUCCUACUGCUGAUUGACCUUUCCAGAGCAAGUGCACUAGCAAAGUUUGCCCUCAGUUCCAACUCACAGGAUGAAGUAAGGGAAAAUAUUGCUCGUGGGAUGGCAAUUUUAGGUCCCACAUUCACCCUUGAUGCUCUUGUAGAAUGUCUUGUGAUUGGAGUUGGUACCAUGUCAGGGGUGCGUCAACUUGAAAUUAUGUGCUGCUUUGGUUGCAUGUCAGUUCUCGCCAACUACUUCGUGUUCAUGACUUUCUUCCCAGCGUGUGUGUCCUUGGUUUUAGAGCUUUCUCGGGAAAGCCGCGAGGGUCGUCCAAUUUGGCAGCUCAGCCAUUUUGCCCGAGUUUUAGAAGAAGAAGAAAAUAAACCAAAUCCUGUUACUCAGAGGGUUAAGAUGAUUAUGUCUCUAGGCUUAGUUCUUGUUCAUGCUCACAGUCGCUGGAUAGCCGAUCCUUCUCCGGCAGACAAUUCUAAGGUUUCUUUAGGAUUGGAUGAAAAUGUGUCGAAGAGAAUUGAACCAAGUGUUUCCCUAUGGCAGUUUUAUCUCUCUAAAAUGAUCAGCAUGGAUAUCGAACAAGUUAUUACCCUAAGUUUAGCUCUCCUUCUGGCUGUCAAGUAUAUCUUCUUUGAACAAGCAGAGACAGAAUCUACACUCUCGUUAAAAAACCCUAUCACAUCUCCUGUAGUGACCCAAAAGAAAGUUGCAGGCGAUUGUUGUAGACGUGACCCUAUACUGGUAAGAAAUGACCAGAAAUUCCAUGCAGUGGAGGAGGAGGUCAGGAUAAACAGCGAAAGAAAAGUUGAGGUUAUAAAACCCUUAGUGGCAGAAACUGACACCUCAAACAGAGCUACAUUUGUGGUUGGUAACUCCUCCUUACUCGAUACUUCACUGGAACUAGAGACACAGGAACCUGAAAUUGAACUUCCCGUGGAGCCGCGGCCUAAUGAAGAAUGUCUACAGAUACUUGGGAAUGCAGAGAAAGGUGCAAAAUUCCUUAGUGAUGCUGAGAUCAUCCAAUUAGUCAAUGCUAAGCAUAUCCCAGCUUACAAAUUGGAAACUCUGAUGGAAACCCAUGAACGAGGUGUAUCUAUUCGUCGACAGUUACUUUCCAAAAAACUUCCAGAGCCUUCUUCUCUCCAGUAUCUGCCUUACAGGGACUAUAACUACUCCUUGGUGAUGGGAGCUUGCUGUGAGAAUGUUAUCGGUUAUAUGCCCAUCCCUGUUGGAGUGGCAGGACCUCUGUUCCUGGAUGGAAAAGAAUUUCAGGUUCCAAUGGCAACAACAGAAGGUUGUCUUGUGGCCAGCACUAAUAGAGGCUGCAGAGCAAUAGGUCUUGGUGGAGGUGCCAGCAGCCGAAUCCUUGCAGACGGGAUGACUCGUGGCCCAGUGGUGCGUUUGCCCCGUGCUUGUGACUCUGCAGAGGUCAAGGCCUGGCUCGAGACACCUGAAGGGUUCACAGUGAUAAAGGAGGCAUUCGACAGCACCAGCAGAUUUGCACGUCUACAGAAACUUCAUAUGAGUGUGGCUGGACGCAACCUUUACAUCCGUUUCCAGUCGAGGUCAGGUGAUGCCAUGGGGAUGAACAUGAUUUCAAAGGGUACAGAGAAAGCACUUUCAAAACUUCAUGAGUAUUUCCCUGAAAUGCAGAUUCUGGCAGUUAGUGGUAACUAUUGUACUGACAAGAAACCUGCUGCUAUAAAUUGGAUAGAGGGAAGAGGAAAGUCUGUUGUUUGUGAAGCUGUAAUUCCAGCCAAGGUUGUCAGAGAAGUACUAAAGACUACUACAGAGGCUAUGAUUGAGGUCAACAUUAAUAAAAAUCUUGUGGGCUCUGCCAUGGCUGGGAGCAUCGGUGGCUACAAUGCCCACGCAGCAAACAUUGUAACCGCCGUCUACAUUGCCUGUGGACAGGAUGCAGCACAGAAUGUUAGUAGUUCAAACUGUAUUACGUUAAUAGAAGCAAGUGGUCCCACAAAUGAAGACUUGUAUAUCAGCUGCACCAUGCCAUCUAUAGAAAUAGGGACUGUGGGCGGUGGGACUAACCUGCUCCCUCAGCAAGCAUGUCUGCAGAUGCUAGGUGUUCAAGGACCGUGCAAAGACAAUCCCGGGGAAAACGCCCGGCAGCUUGCCCGAAUUGUGUGCGGUACAGUGAUGGCUGGAGAAUUGUCUCUGAUGGCAGCAUUGGCAGCAGGACAUCUUGUCAGAAGUCACAUGAUUCACAACAGGUCAAAGGUAAAUUUACAAGACCUCCAAGGAACUUGCACUAAGAAGGCAGCUUGAAUAGCCCGACAGUUCAGAACUGAAACACAGGCGUUGGGUUCUAAAGGACUAACAUAAAAUCUGUGAAUUAAACAAGCUCGAUGCAGUGUCUUGUUGAGGAUGAAUAGACAUGAUCAGUGAGACAACUGCUUGGUUUUUGGCUCUUUCAGAAAGUCUGAGGUUCUUCUUUCCAGGCAGAGUUCUCAGAUCUGAGAAGUUUACAUGCUUUACAUGCUGUGCUCUUUGGAAAGAUCUCAACAUGGACAUUAUGCCUUUACAGUAUCACAGAUGGUAAUCUACAGCACACUUCUGAAAGAGAAUACAGCUGGAAAACCAAGUUUUCUUUUGAUAAAAUGCUUGGAGUUCAUGGUGAUCAGUGUGAGAUUAAACCCUCCUCCUGUCCACACCCGCCCCAGCCCCAAUCCUGGGUUGAAAAUGGAUUUUUAAAUUAUAUUAUAGCUGACAAAACUCCUGAUUUCAUAGUUAAUUUAUUAAGUCUGGGUUGUAGACCUUUAAAAAAAAAAGAGAGCUAAGUUUAUUUUUUUGUAAACGAAUACUUCAUUUGGUGCUGGUCUAUUUUGAUUUUUGCGGGGACAGGCAACAUGAUGAUUCUUCAGAAGGGGACCUGCUUUCUUCAAAGGAAGAUUUACUCUUAUUCCCAAAUUACAGAAUAAUGUGCUAAGCAGUGCUAAAUAGUUCUCUUUCAAGAAACAAGAUCACUGCAUUUAUCUCUGCAGGCUGUUUGUUCAGAGAGGACUCUUGUCUAAAUACAAAUGUUUGUCUAGAUUGGCUAUAACAUAUCUUUCAGCAUAUAAGCCUUUAAGAAACAGAGUUUUGUGCUUUUUAUGAAAGAUACAAGAGCUCUUAAUAUUGCUUAGACAAAGGUGACUCUUUAUAUCAAUGACAUACAAGUCUGUGACCUCUCUUAGAACUCAGGGGGUAGAAAACACAGGUUUGGAAGAAAAUUACCAUUUCUCGAAGCCAAGUUUAAUUUCUUAGAAGACACUUAAAUUUAUUUAGCUGAAAAAUCUAGGUAGUUUUUUGUAAAGAACUGUACCAAAUCUGUGUAUGUUGUAAUAAAGCUUCUUGUGCUGGGAGUUUAUUGAAAGUGUUCAAGAAAUAAACAAAAAUCACCCGAUAUACUGGUAAAACACUCUAAGCUUGGGCCAGAGAAGGCAGUGUUCUUUAAUGUUGUCCAGGAAAGCCUGGCUUGCUUGUUGAGCCUAAUGAAGGGGAAAGUCAGCUUUCAGAGCCAGUGAAGGCGCCGUGUGAAUGGCCGUGGAGGGAGUGUCCCUUGUCCUGUGGCCAGGAGGUUGGUGACUGAAACAUCCACACAGGGCUCUUUGAUGGACCCAUAAAAUCUUCCUCAGGGGGUCAGCAGAGUUGUUGAAUCUUACUUUUUUUUUUAAUGUACAACUUUUGUAUAAAUAAUAAAGAACUCCUUAUUUUGUAUUACAUCUAAUGCUUCAAGUGUUGGUCUUGGAAAGCUGAUGGCUCAUGUAGAAGAUGGACUCUGAGAAACAUUCCAGGAGAGCCGUGGCAGCACGGAGAGCCUCUGAGUGAUUGUGUCUGCAUUGUUGGGGAAGAUUGACAUUUUCUGUUGUAUGUAAAGUUUAAAUUGCUUCUGUUGUGACUUUUCAGCCAGUGACUUAUUUAUCUGAAUUUUUCAUGCAAGUGGCAGUGAGAAGUAUUCUGAGUCUUCAUUUUGGUGACUGUAACCAAUAUCUUGCUAAACUAAUGUUUUGUACAGUUACUAAAUUGUGUACAUUUUGUUAUACUUUUUUCCCCCAGUUCCAGUAAAUUAUGAAAAGGAGGUUAAUACUGA